AUGGAGAAGGAGAGAGGUGGCCAAGCCGCAGGAGAAUCCGGGUCGGGCGAUGGUGUCGGCGCCAAGGACGAGCUGCGUGCGAGGGACAGAAGAGAGAGAGCCGGGGAGUCGAGCAGUGGAGGAGCUACGGGCUCGGCUGGGAGUUGGGCCGAGGGAGCCGAGCCUAUUGGGAGAGGUGAGAACACGGAUAAGAUCUCAAUCAAUAUCAUGAGAAAGCUUGAUCAGCUGCUUCCCACUAGGCGGUUGGGUUAUAUAUUCAGGGUUCGCCAUGAUAUACGUGCUGUGAAUGAAAAGGCGUACGAGCCCAAGUUACUUUCAAUUGGACCAUACCAUUAUGAUAAGCGCAGGAGUAAGCUUCAACAUAUGGAAGAACAUAAAUUGCGCUACCUGGAUGAUAUAAUUAGAAGAAGGGAGGAAAGAGAUGGUGUAUCCAGAACUGAUCAAUUAAGGGAGUAUCUUAGGGUUUUGGAAGAACUGAAAGACCGGGCUCGUGGUUACUAUGCGGAAGCAGUCGCCCUAGAGAAAGAUGACUUCCAAGAAAUGUUGUUACUUGAUGGCUGCUUUAUCAUUGAGCAGUUCCGUCAAGCUACAUGGAUUGCUCGUCGACAUGAAAGAGAAAUGGACCCUCUCUUUAUGGCUGAUUGGAUAUUUCAGAAAAACAAAUUUUAUGACAUCACAUUUGCAAACGGGCUCUUAGAGAUUCCAGCCAUCAAAAUAGACGGACUAACAGAAGCGCGAUUUCAAAAUCUUAUCGCGUAUGAAGAACAUGGUCAGGGUGUCAGUGAAUUUAAAUAUAUAGGAUCCUACAUGAGCUUCAUGGAUGGUCUGGUCAAUACCCCAAAGGAUGUUGAGCUGCUUCGACACCAUGGGAUAUUCGAAAGCUAUUUGAGUGAUGAUGAAGCUGUUGCUACCAUGUUCAACAGUACGGGCAGAGGAGUUAUACCCGACAGAAACUUUUACUAUAAAGAAAUAGUUAACAAUCUGAUAAAGCAUUGCAGGAAGAGGCGAAACGUUUGGAUGGCGAAAUUAAGGGCAAAUUAUCUUAGCAGCCCUUGGAAGAUCCUGUCAGUUCUCGCAGCAUCAGUCUUACUCGUGUUAACUAUCACACAGACUAUCUACAGUGCCCUCUCAUACUACAAUGCAAAAUAA